UCAAGCCCAAGACUGCGGUCCGCGAGGCCCUACGCCAAAGCACGUUGGUCGAAGUGUCCAAGGAUGGCAAGCGGUUGUCGCGCAAAACUCCACUGACGACCGGGUUGUUGGUCGCGCCCAAGGUGGAUCGGGAUAGGAAGAAGACGGUGGUGCCGGAGGACAAACCAUGGCUCACAAAGGCGUUGAUGAAGCCCACGGGGUUCGAGGAUUACGUUGCUGAAGGACCCAUUCGACCGGAAGAGUACCUUCGCGAUCGCGGCGAGUACGACCCCGACAUCUCGUUUGCUUCGCGCAUCGAAACGGCCAUUACGCACUUCUGCGCCAGACGCAAAAUGCAUCAGCAAACGAGGAAGAUCUUCGACAAGUUCAUGGUGUUUGGCGGAAUGGCGUGUGGACAGCGGCAGUUCAUCGGCGGGCUGGAUGAGAAGUCAAUGGAGGAGUACACGAAGAAGGAGCUGGCGGAGCUGACGUCCAACUACGGCGUCGCCGAGCGAGUGAUGGACGGACUGCACGAGAGCGAGUUUGGCGGUGCGGUGACGUGGGAGGUGGAUUUCGCGGCUGUUGCUAGGGGGUUCCUCUCCUCCCAGUUCAUGCGUCACUUUCACUGGUAUGAUUUGCAGAUGGUCCAGACGGCGACGAACGUGCUGCGCAACUUCUACAACUACCUGCUUCUGCACGAUGUGUGUCCGGAGUAUGGGGUGCAGCUAGUUGCGGCUCGAAAGGUCUGCGACGACGCGGAGGCAGAGCUGCCGAUGCUCAAAGAAGUCGAUCAAGGACUUCCCGGCGGCUUCAACGUCGCGUGUUCUACGCUGUUUGGAGGCCGUUAUUCCAAUCUCUACGCCGCCGGCAACGACUGGGCACGAGCGGAUGACAAUCUCGGCUGGUCACAGGUCAAUGCAGACUGUGUCUUUAAAGCCGGCAUCUUCGCCCAUGGGACGGAAGCGCAGCUUCGUCAGGUUGAAGAAGCAGCAGAGCAGGGCAGCAACAGUUUCAAAGUCAUCUCAUCGGAAGAACUUGGCCUAGAAAUCACGAGAGUUGAAGUCGCCAACGCAGAAGCUUCCACAGUCUACAACUCCACAGCACUGCAAAACACAUUCAUCCGACCAAUGGGCAAGCUACACUGCAAGCGCUGGGCAGCUCCUCACGCGGCACCGAGUGAUCUCCUCCCGUCCUCCAAACCAGGGCCGGAAGAGUUUGAGUUCCUCGUAGACGAUGAUCUACUGCAGUACUGCGUGCCAGGCAUGAAGAUGGAGUGUUGCGUCAAAAAGCUGGAUCUCGGUGUCAAGUGGAUCGAUCACAUUGCCGCUGUCUAUGCGAGCUUCUUUACAUGGUUGGCAAAUGAGGAGAUUUGCGAGUGGAAGGAGCCUGGGCCGCCCAAGGAGUGGAUGGUGCGGGUGAUGAAUCGUGACAAUGGGGUACUGGUGGAGGGAGAUGGUGGGAUAGGAGAGGAGCGUGAGGAGGGUGAGCUGGAUGAGUUGGAUUGAGAUGAAGUGUUGCCGGCAUCGGCCUCGGUUGUCUUUCCUUCCGAGAUUUAGGAAGGUGGAGCGAACGACACCCCACGAAUGACAGAAGGAGGGGCAAUGGCAGUAUUGCGUCAAUGGGUCCAGGGUGUUUUUCUUGUG